UGUCAUACGAAUAAACGAAGGAACGUUGGCCACCGGACUAUGGGUGGAUUGCUCGAAGGAACGUGGGAACAGUGGAAUGUUGACGACGAGGGUGAGGAAGAAAUUUGCCUUUCGGCGUUGGAAUUUGACUGAUUUUGUGGCUUUAGUACACAUAAAGCGAAUGUGAGACUGAUGAAAUUGAAGUGUUGUACCUUGGCCGUUGCUCUAAAUUGACCGAGUGAAGCGGGGAAAAUGGUAUAAGUGAAGUUUUUGUGACAUUAAUAGCAGGUGGAAUGGGCCAGUGCCAGUAACGAAGCAUCCUGAGAUAGGCUACCAGACGAUGGAGCCAGCCUCGAUAUCGGCCCAGGGCUGGGGCACCGUUUUGAAGUUUGUGGCCUUUGGGAGGUCGGCGUGAGGAGGGCGCACCGAAAUGCGAAUCCAGGAGAAAAUCGAAGCAAGUGCAACAUGUGCCAAAAUGACGGAGGAACAGAGCGUCAACGGGGUCUGUGAAGUACAAGUCCCAGUCCCCGCUGCCGUUAGCAAGAGACCCAGAGGCUAUGUGUUGGACGGGGUUAGGCCCCAUCCCGCGGAGUCUGACUCCUCUCACGCUUUUGCGGGAGGAAGACUUAAGUUUUUUAAAGAUGGUAAAUCGAUCUUGGAACUGUCAUAUAGGCGAGAUGGGGAUAGAAUGUGUUGGGUCUCGAAUUGGCCGGUACCAGGAGCGCCUCGCCAAGAGAGCUCUGCUCCAUCUCUUAGUGAUGAUAAUUCAUCAAUACAAUCGUCACCAUGGCAGAGGGACCACUCAUUUAAGCAGGCUAGCCCACGCAGAGGAAGAGGGGCUCACUUACAGUUUCUGAUGAGGCCUUUGAAUGCUGCACGCCGUAUCAGGAGACUUAGCUUUCUUUCAAGAUCCAUCAGGCGAAAGCGAAGAAGACCUUAUGAUGCAGCUGAGGCACCUCUGAUUAAAGAGGAAGAUGCGGAUGAUUCUUUCAAUAGUUCCAUUAGUUCUAUGAAUUCUUCAAUGUCCAAGACACCUAGUAAAGGAAAGCUGCCAAACAUAGUACAAAGCUUAAUAGACAGAGUGAAGACAAAUGAGACUUCAAGACCCAUAAUCCCAAGUGGAAGGGUUGAUCCCAACAUUGUCUCACCUCGGAAAAGGAUACUGAGGGAGUUGGAACGUGUUAGUAUUGAUGAAGGAAAUAUUUCGAAGCAAAAGAAAUCAAGAAUCUCACAAGGCAAUGGCUCAGCAUCAACCAACAAUAGUACCGUUACGUGCCACACUCUGCAUCCAGUGGGUGUGCCUCCCCCUGUGAAAACAGCAGCAAGUAGUUACAGCAUAACUUCUCUCUUAGCACCCAGAGAAGAUGAGCCAGUUGUGCCCAAAGAUUCAGAACCAUCUUUUUUACGCAAUUUGUUAAAGUCUCCCUCAUCGCAAACUGGAUCAGAUGCUUCUGAUACCAACAACAAAGUCAGAAGUGUCCCCAAGUCAGGAAAUGUGAGGAAGAUGUCUCCUCCUCGGCAUCAGCCAGUGACCUCUCCAACGCUGUCGCCCUCGCCUGGUCUGCGCUCACCUGCCAUACCAGCUGCAGUGGGAGGGGCCGCCCAUUAUGCCCCUUACAUGCCCACGCCCCUUAUUUAUCCACAUUACAUGUCCCCUCAUCCGGCCAGCAACCCAUACUACUCCGGAUUCGCUCCACCUCAUUCACCAGGUCCACCGUUGUGGAUCCCCUACAUGUCUAGUCUUCAACGAGCAGCUCUGUUUCCUGGACUUGCGCCCCAGUACCACUCGCCCCUUGGACAUGUGCCUUGGGCACCGCUCAAUCAUCAGCCUCACUUGGAUGACAUAAGAAAAGAUGAUGAUAUGCCAUUAAAUUUAUCAAAACAUGCGGGAUGACUUCUUCAUCAGACUGACGAAUGGUGGAAUGUUGUAGUGAUCAAAGGCACCUGAACUCCAGCUUCAAACUCGUCUUCAGCUUGUUGCCUCUGUAUUUAUAUUGUUAUGAAACAUGAUAUUUGACAAGAGAUCUGUAUUGUGUAAAUGUGGGUGUGAAUUAUGAUGUUCCGAUGUGUGAAUGUUGGUUUACCUAAAUUUGUGAUUUCAAUUCUCCCCUUUUCAUUGUUUGUCUCUUUAUGUGUGGACUGUUUGUUUUCCUGUUACUCUUCCUUUCUCAGUGCAUGAAAUAUUGUAAAAGUAAAGUUUUCCCAUCCAAUUGCUCCUUUAACAAUGUAACAUUUCUUUGUUUCCCCCUGUUUGGAUGAAAAGAUGAGAAACUUUGAAUCUAUUAUUACGUGUUAUCUCUCACAUCGGGUCCAAUUUUUGUGUCAACUCAGAUUUCUCAACCUAAUGCAAUAAUUUUUCAUCUGGGUCAGGAAGAAAUUUUUAUUUGUUUAUGAGCAAAUAUUUUACACAUUUGGAGACGAUACAGCUCUGAACAUUCCCAUAAGUAGAAGAAAAACUUGUAAAUACGUAUUAUUGAAAACUUCUUUCAAUGAUCAGAGGCUAUUUUUUCUUGUAUUGUUUUAUCUACUCUUGCCACAAUAUCUUGUUGACUGUAAAUUAUCUAAGUGCCUUUCACAGGGCAAUGAGACUCUUAAAAUUUUGUACAGAUAUUCUUUUAUAACUUUUGUGCAGUAAUUGCACAAUUAUUUUGUUCAGUCUGAGAUAUAUACAUUUAUAGAUAUAUAUUUACACUUGAAUAUGUAUGUAUUCAGUUUGUAUUCAUCCAUGUAAAAUUUCCAUUUGAAAUUCCAUUUAAAAUGGUAGUAUUGUGAAGAUGUUCUCAUUAAUGAAUUAUUUUGCAGCACUUAAACCUUUUUAUUCUUAUUGGUUCUAGUGUGUGUUCUUUCUAGUGUCUAAAAGUGUUGAUGGCAGAAUGUACAUGUAAAUUCCGACUAAACAGGAAAAAUCAUGUAUUAGUAGCCAGUACCAGUAUUUACGUUUCAUUGACAUGAUUCAUUUGAAAAUUAGAACAAGAAAAGGUGUGUCUCAACUUAAGUUUUGUGCUCCUGCUUUUGAACUCUCGAGUUCUUCAACUGUGAUUUUAGAACAAUUUUAUUCCACUGGGACCAUCAUUAAUCACAGUACUGGGAUUUGCUUGUAUUAGAAAAACACUGUUGUCAAGAACCUUAUUUUUUAAAUUGUUGUUCUUACUUGGUGAUAUAUUGAGGUUUGUGCAACUUUCAUGUUCUUUUCCAUUCCUGCCAACUGUCUAAUUUGCCCUUCCAAAACCAAUGUAACCCCCCUUUUUUUCAGUAUGAGAUCUUGAGAAUUUUUUCCAUUUCUUGCGCAGACUAUUAUUCUGUUUUAUUUGUUUUUCUGAUUCAUUUGCUUUGUGUUGUAGCAUUGGUUUCUCUGAAGCAUGUUUCUAGGCAUGCUAAUUAGUCACUUUGUUUUUGAGAGCAUUGGCUCACAUUUCAUUUGUCUUUGUUGUGACUUCCAUUUUUCCCUUAUUUAGACUGAGGUCCCAAAGUAUUGCGUAUUAACUUCCUUAAGUUGCAACAUUUUACAACACAGAAGACUAAGCUUAAAAUUCUCAUUCCUUAUCAGUGUCCAUUCCUUGUCGUUUUUCUCAUAUUGGUGUUUUAUCAUGCAAAGGUGAAAUGUGAUAAUCUUUCCUGUUAAUUAACUUGGCUCCUUUGUUUUGUGUAUUUGUGUGCAUGUGCAAGUGUGUAUGUGUGCUUUCUGCUGGAGAGUCUGUAAUCCCUUUGUGGGGUAGGACUGGUCAAGAAUCUACUUCCCUCUACUACUGUAUUUUCACCCCCUCCUGUACUGUUGUUUCUUUUGGCACAUGUUCUAGCAGAGUUUUAUUCAAUGUGCUUAACAGAUGAUACAUACAGUUGGUUUAAGUAAUUUUUUUUAAAACAUAAAUACUGCAAGGCGCACACUAACAAUCUGCAGAGGCAAACUUCAAGUAUUUUCCCUAAAUGUUCAAGUUAUUUCCCGCUUCAAGAUAGUAUUUUUGUCUGUAUGUCGUAGUCCUUGCUUAAGUUAAUAAUCCUCUAACUCAAUUGCUAUUUAUAGUAGCUGUUUUAAGUGCUACCUGUGGCCUGUGUUUUAUUGAGUCUUCUAAGUUUGAAGGGAAGAUCUCCUCUGUUAAAACACUUUAAAGUAGACUGAAUGCAAAGUUUGCUUCUAACGGAAAGACUGCUGUUAUCAGGACUCCUUAACCAUGCCUUCUUAAAGGUUGUUAUCAGAAAAGAAAAUAAACUUGUGUGAAGUGUGUAGUUUUUGAACUGCACCCAACACAUUAUUACAAAAAUAUAUUUAGAAUACUUUGGUGUAAACUCCAUUCAGCAUUCUUGAUAUUUUUGUACAAGGUUAUUGUUUCAAUUGAUCUUCACUGCUUUUAUUUAAGCAGCAUGACUUCAUUUAAGUAUUGAUGACUAUGUUAGAGACAGCCAGCUGUUGAGAUAGCGAGUAUUUCCAGUUGCAAUUGUCCCAGCGUCUCUCUUAUUUAUCAAUGUAUUUAUUAUAAGGAGAGACCAUGGUACCGAAUAAUUUUUUUUAGAGUUGCAUUUCUUGUAGGCAGGUGUCUUGUUCUUCAUGUGUGUGUAAUGUAUUUCAACAUCUGGCCAGGAUGGUAUUAACUGUAAUCCUGCUUCUAGUCACAUCAUACUCAGACUGAAAUGUUCAAGGUCUAACUCUGUUGGUAGGACUUUUUCUCAUGUUCAUUAAUCUCCUCUUUUCUGGUUUGCAUAUUGAAUGGAAAUGAUCAGUGAUCCCUGUUUUGCAUGUUAUUUUUGGAAUUGAUUUCUGAGGAAUGAUAGUGAUAGAAAUGUUUGUACAUAUUGCUGUUUGUGAAAAAAAUUGUUGUGUGGUUGUCUGCAAAUCGGCCUGCAAUAAUAUUUUCACUGAUGUCCCUCUCCCCUUUCUAACCCCUUCUGGUCGUAAUUUUUUUCAUUGAAUUUGCAUGAAAUUGUGUCCAAUUACAGCUGCCAUUGAGGUAUGAAAUGCUCAACAAUGCUAUUUCUGAGGAGUGUAAAUGUGCUCUCAACAUGGAAAAUCUUCUAAAACUUUACCUUUAGUCUAUUGCAUCUUUGAUUUAGCCCAAAGAUAAGAAUUGCUUACAUGCUUUAAUUUUAGACAUGUUUCUUGGAAUUUUUUAAUAUUCACUCCAAUAGAAGUACAGUUUUAUGAUUUAAUUGCUCAAUUCAGUACAUGCUCAACAUACAGGAACCAAAAGAAAGGCAACGAAUCUUACUAUUGAUAAAAUUGUGUGUCUUGUCAGUUCAUCCACUGCUUCCAGAAAAAGAAAAACCAUUUAAUUAUUUAUCAAUUAUUUAUCUUAUGUCAUCUCAUAUGAACUGAUUGUGAAAUUGAGGCAGCUUAGACUUGAUGUAGUUGCCGUUAUAUCCUUUUUAUCUCAUGCUAUUGCCAUGUGUUUGUUUUAAACUUAGGUUGUGUGGGAUAAUUCAUUGAAUCUGGUCCACAGACAAAAUGCAAGGUGGAAUAUGUGUUUACAAUUUUUAGAUUCCCUUAUUUUAUUAUUAUUUAUCAACUUGUCUCAUUUAGGAUGAUUACUUGGUUUUAUGAUUUAGUUGUAGUGCAAUGUCCACCACUGCCUCUAAUGUAAAUGUGGAGUGAUGUGAAGCAAUGUUAUUUUUCCCAGCUUUGAGACUGCCAAGUUACAUUGUUAUAGUUCAUCCUGAGUCUCAUUGUGUAAUGUAUUUAUUUGCCUCUGUAAUGCUUGUUAUUUCUCAAGUUCCUACAUUGUCAAUGCUAAGCAUGACAAUUGUAGUUUAGUAUUUUUGAGUGCUUUCACUUCCUCCAUCUUUUAUUUCCUCCCCUUAGCUACCAUAGUUUGACAAUUGUGUGCAUUCCUGUUGUAUACCUUUGUGGCCUUAACAAAUAUUCUAUUGGACAUUUCCCCAACAUGAAGUCAGUUAUUCAUUUUCGUCUUUAAAGUCCGAGCAUAAAUUAUCCAUAGUAUUAUUUUGUAUCAUUAUGUGAAUAAUAUCCAUCUUGCACACCUAGCGGUUGUGACAAGAGCAGAAAGUAGCAGGAGACUGUACAUUGACUGAAUGUGUGAUAUUGUACAGAAAUUUGUGUGGGAAAGGGGUACACAUUUAAAAGAAAAACUUGUUAAUCUGUAUAAAAAGUUAAAAUUGUCUCUUCAAAGAUGUGUGUUUUACCAAAUGCCCCAAGAGAAAAUGUGCCAUUCUUUGACAUAUACAUUGAUCAACAAAUCUUCACUUAUUUAUUGUGAUAUGGUUUUGUAAUCAACAUCAUUGUACAUUGAAAUAGUGAUUGAACUUGGGAGGAAUGUAUAGAAAGUCUACUUUAAUAAAUGUUGUAAUUUUGUAAAACUA